UACAGUAAGGCCACCUUCCGCUGAAGAUAAGGCCAAACUUUCCUUUGUAAAAUAUUAUUCUUAAAUUCAUUCUCACCUGAAACCAGCUCCGCCCGCACAAUCCAUUCCAUGAGCAUGAGCAUGAGCCAGAAAGUGAGAAGAUGAUUUUCGUAUAAAAGAAGAAUCAUCUUAUCUCAUCUCUAUACAUUACUAUAGCUAAACAUAAUGGGUUUCAGAGUAUUGGGAUUUUCUCUUCUUAUCUUCAUUUAUCUCAUUAAUCUUGCACCUGCAUAUCCUCUUCACAACAACUUGCCUUCAGAAUAUGUGCAGAAGAGGAAGUUCGAAGAAAAGGAAAUAUAUGGAAUUAAGACAGACGGAGGUCAUGGGAGUGCCCACGGUAGCAGUUCACACGGAAAUGGAAAUUCAGGAUCACCUGACACACGAGGAGGAGGUGCAGCAGUGAUACCUGUUUAUGCAGCAGGUGCUGCAAAAAAUCGCCAACAUCAGACCCGUCACAGUGCUGCAAACUGCAACCUUAACAAAAUCAAAUUGUCGAAUGUGCUUCUGUUCACCCAGAUCUAUUCUCUCGUGCUGUUAUUUUUGUUGAUAUAGAAAGCACAAAAACAGUUCAUUGUAUAUUAUGUAACAACUGUCACUGGUUCUUUCGAAGAAGGGUUUUCUGGUGACCUAAUUAUGUAUUUUGUUAAGUUUGAAUUUGACACAAUAUGCAGAAUGUACCAGAUGCUGAUGAAUAAAACUUGAUUCGCAUUGCAGGGAAUAUGAUAAA